AUGAGCCGCGGGCGCGCGGACAACCGCAUGCUCCGGGCGCUGAAGACGGGCGGCGCGGCGGCGGCGCUGCACGAGGCGAAGAGCACCUCCACUUCGAUUUUGGACAAGGUCAACAAGCUGAAGGGCUUCGUGAAGCAGCAGAAGCAGCGCACGGAGACGCAGAAUGACAAGCUCGAGUGGGUUUCUGCCAAGCAGAAACUCGAGGAGGAGGAGGCGCGCGCGGAGAGGGCCCUGCGCACCAGCAUCGACACCCUGCUUGGGCACUCUCUGCCCGGGGCCGCGUAUGCGGACGAGGUUGUCGCGGAGGCCAUGCGCGGCUGCACGGAGGAUCUGCACUCCAUCCAGAGCGGCGUUCUCGACGCCGUCGUUCCGCUCCGCGAGCACGCCGUGGCCCUGAGACAAAUCAGGUUCCAGUACGGGCUCGAUGACGCGCUCCAGGAGGCCCGCCUGCUCGCCGAGGACCUCGCGUUCGAGCUCCGCGAGCUCGACGGCGCCCUGCGCGACGUCGCCGCCGACGUCCGCGGCGCGCACCCGCGCAGCGGACCCGCCAUACCCCUCGCCGGCGACGACCACCAGGACCUCGUCGUGCUGUCCGGGGCCCGCGAGGGCGAAACGUCGCUGCGGACCAAGGCCGAGUUCGCCAUCGAGCGCGCCGCCGCGCUCACGCCCGUCCCCGCCGCCGCCGUCGACCGGUGCCGUGCGCUGGUGGAGGACGUCGAGGAUGUGUUCCGGGAGCGCGUGUGUGCGCUCUCGGUCGAGGCGGAGCGGCUCGCGCAGGGCCGCGUUCCCCGGCGCGGCGGGAGCCACCUCGCGGCGGCCUCGGCGCCGGUGUCGACGCACGGGCGCGCCGCACCGCGCCGCGCGGACAGCGAGAGGAGUCUGCGUGACGAGCAGCCGCCGGGCGACGCCGCGCGCCGCGACGCGAUGCAGCGCGCGAUGGGCAUGCUCGCGGACCUCGGCGGGAGCGCCGACGCGCUCGACGACCCGAUCUGCGAGCUCGAACCGCUUCCGGAGCCUGGGGAGGCUGGCGGGUGCGACGACACAGCGGACGCCGGGGGUGGCUCGGCGCACGCCGACGGCCCGGAGCUCCCGGCGCUGAACGCGCACGGCGACAACGGCGAGGCGGCCGCGGCGGCGGCGGCGGGGUUCCCUCACCUGCACGCGCUGUUCCUGCGGCAGCGGCCCGUCGCGGUGUCCCUCCUGGGGCCGAGCUACAAGACGCGCGCGGGGGGGCGCGGGGGCUUCGGCGGCGCGGACCGCUCCGCGCUGCUGCUGCGGAAGCUCGAGGGCCUCAUGCCGGGGGUGUCCCGGAGGGAUCUCGUGCACCACGAGGACGUGUACCAGAUGCAGCGCGCGCUGGAGACGCGGCGCGAGGACCUGGCGACGGCGUGGGCGCGCGAGUCCGAGCGGUGCCUGCAGGAGGUCGAGGCGGCGCUGGAGGGCGCGGGGCGCGACGUGCUGAAGCAGGCGGUGCGCGCCGGCGACGCGCUGCGCACGCAGGCGAUCCGCGACCGCCUGGAGCGCGAGCUCGAGGCGCUGCGGCCGCUGCGGGAGGCGCGGGAGCGCGAGGCGGCGCUGGAGGAGGAGCGCCGCGCGGCGGCGGCGGAGGCGGAGCGGCGGGCGCGCGAGGAGCGCAGGCUCGCGGAGCACGCGCAGCAAAAGGCGCUGCUGGCGAAGCACCGCACGGAGCGCGCCGCGGCGGAGCUCGAGGAGCUCGAGCGGCGCGUCGCGGAGGAGGAGGCCGAGCGCGAGGCGGCCGCGGCGCAGGCGGUGCGCAACGCCGAGCGCGUCGGGUUCCGGCGUGACCUGUCAGAGAUUCAGCGGCGGGAGCGCGAGGAGGCGAAGGAGCGCCUCGAGGCGAUCGCGGCGAAGCGGCUGGAGCGGCUGGAGCGGCUGCGGCUGCAGGUGGCGGGGCAGUUCGUGGCGGAGCGGGACUUCGAGCGGCUGACUCAGGACACCGAGGCCAGCAAAGCGCGGGAGGAGGAGUCCGGGGAGGGGUCGGGGGCCGGACGGGCCGCGGUGCACGGGUACACGUCGGAGCAGAUUAUGCGGGACCCGCGCGUGCGGGCGAUGGAGCAGAUGGCCGAGAAUGGGCUGCUGGACGGGCGCGCACAUGCAUACGCGCGGCAGGUGGUCAGCAGCAUGGCGCCGCCGAAGCCGACGCGCGUGGACAACCUGACGUCGCACCAGCAGGCCGCGGCGGCGCUGCCGGGCCGGGGCCCGUGA